AGACUACUUUGACGACGGAUUACAGCUCUAAAGGUAAGAUUUAAAGUAUUAGAAUAGUUACAAGAUAGAAAUUUUAAGUCUCGCCUUCGCCACGAAUGCAAAAUUGAGAGUUUUCCAAAUUUUUAUUUUAUUUAUUUUAUUUUUUUUCUCUUUUGUUUUUCUCUUUCUUUUCUUCUCUUUUUCGUCGCCACUCGAUUUCUGUUUUAUAAAUGCCAAGCACAACAGUACAAUACUUUAGGAUAUCUGGGAAAUCAAAAUGUCCAUUAUAGGAUUGAAGACUUUCCGAGUGCCCGACAUUGUAACAUAUCACAGUCGCACAAAUUGUUCUGGUAAUUCUUAUAAAUGUUUCGUUCAGACAUUCUUCGCGGUAAAUCGUUGAAUAUCAAAUUAUACAUGUAAUCCCAUGUAAUCUAUCAAAAGGGUCGCGUUUUAAAAGUCAGAAUCUUCGAUUUUAUAUGCAUAUUUACAAAGAUUACGAGUCAAAAAGAAGAUUAGCAUAGAGGACAUUUUAACGUCUUAUUUUUCAUUGCUAAUGAUGAUUUGGUUCUUGAUACGUUAGUAACCUUACAACUAGAUCACUAUGUUAAAAAUAACUAUCAUAGGGAGAAUGCUAUCUUCGAUCAAUUUCUGGCAAAAGUCAGGUUCUUUCGUGCUUUACUCCUAUUUUUUAUAUUUUUUGCACAAAGCAGAUUAUUUAUUCAUAAAGUUCUGAUCUCCAGCAGCAGAUGUUUAAAAAUAGUCUAAAAUGGAAGGUAUAAUCCUCAAGUUUUAAUUCUAUCUUUUCCUUUGGAAUCGCUUCGACAAAUUAGAAUCCCAGCAAGGGUGCGUUGAGGUAUUCUUGUAUCCUGAUUGUGGAUAAAUCCACAAUCUUCCACUUAACAAUACAAUAAACAACCUUGUUGUGUCCCUGGAUGUCAGAAUGCAAGUCACUUCAAUGUGAAUUUCAUAUAUCAGUAUUAGAGAGGUGUCAGAUUGUAAGCAUUUCCCCUAAGUGGUCAGUAAUCCUUUUUGAAGGUCUUAAAGUCAUGCACGAUUAAUCAAGUGAAAAAUCGAUAUGUCCGUUUUAUUUGAAGUUCAAACGGCAUUAAGUACCCCUUGAUAAUCUGUACUCUAUUUUAUUGUUCAAAGAUACAUGACCGUUGUUUCACUACCGAGUCCGCACUAGAACCUAUUUAGAGGAACGUCUUGCAAUUGUGCGAAGUGCUUUUGUUCUUCACUGAAAGUCAUUUGUUCUUCAUUCCAUAGUUCAUAAUUAAAGUGAUAUAUCAUGUCUCUGAACGGAUCGAACGUGAAAGAGGAGGAAGAUACGAAGUUCACAAAACUCUUCGUUGGAGGAAUUCCUUAUAAUACAGCGGACGGAACUUUAAGGGAGUACUUCGAACAGUUUGAUGACAUUGUGGAAGCUGUAAUCAUCCGUGAAAGAAAUAGUCAGAGAUCCAAAGGAUACGGAUUUGUAAGUGAUCUUAUAGAAACCAUAUUUUAAGUUGAGUGACAAAAUUAGGCUGUGGAAUGUAAUAAUUUUAUCGGAGAGUUUGUCCGUGAGGGUAUGUGGGUCACUAGGUCACAAGGAAAAUUCUUUAGCCAGAUACCGAUUCUCUGCCACUGCCAACUGCAUAUGGUAGACUUAUUUACUACAUCAGCGAGGUUAAUGCACUGAUAUUUAACCUGCUUCUGUAAAGCAUCAGUAUUAUUUCCAUGAUGGGAAAAUACAUGAUAAAAUUAUAUCUGCGUGAAAGAUGUGUUCGCAAUAUACAUUUUAAAAUCUUUUUCUCGUUCAAAGGUUACUAUGGCCACUAAAGAGGGAGCCAAAAGAGCAUGCGUCAACAAAAGGCCAAUGAUCGACGGUAGGCGAGCCAAUGUCGACCUGGCGUAUCUUGGUGCAAAACCCAAACCUACUAAAAUGCCUCAAACAGAUGAUGCUGCCAGCCCAGAAACUAACGGUGUUCCUGCCUCGCCUACAAACUCUGAAGCUGCUACAGACAGUGGAGCAGAAUGGGCUCCCGAAGAGUUCAGUCCUAAGUUCAAGAACCCUCAAGGUUACAAUGUUGGCUUUAAGUAUGACACAGGACAUCCAUCUCCUCCUAUACCGAUAAUGAUCCAUCCAGCAGAAUUCAAGCCACCAAACGUCAGCAGUAUGCAGACCUACAAUUCCAAUAUGCCAAUGAUGAACAACGUGGCGUAUUACGCAGGAAGUAUUCCACCCUACUCCUCACCAACCAAUGCAGGCUUUGACCCCAAGUUCAUUGAUCCUUCCACUGUUAGUUUAGUAACCUAUGUCCCUCAAGUGCCUGUGACAUCUGCUCAACAAAACUCCCAGAGUCUUAAUGUGCAAUGUCUGCCACAGUACAACCAUGUUCCACAACCACUAUCAACGACGAAGCUGAUCCCAAACCCCCGCUAUGUCUACCCCAUGCCAGUGUGGUAUGUGGAUCAGGGCAGGAUACCUGGUGGGCAGGUCAGUUUUGAACCUGUGAGUAACUACUCCCAGAUACCUUUCAACUCCAACUCUGCGGAUGGAAGCAACACCUUUUCCACUUGCAAAAUGUAUCCCAUCACAACUUAUUUCUGACACGUUUUACUUGAAUUAACAUACCUUAUAAAGGAAAUUUGCGUUUUCUACAAGUUAUCAUGGACUCAGUAUAUAGUCAGCCUAUGAACAGAUAAUCAUCGCAACAGGUUUCUUAAUUAUAAUAGUUAUUUUCAUAAAUUAUUUUCUGAUUGUCAAAUUUGACGCACCUAAAGUAAUUUUUACACCUGCUCCUAUAUGCAUGAAGCAAUAACUUUUUUCCUUAUCUGGGCAUACACUGAGAUAUGUUACGCCAAUAACUGUAGAAAGAAACUGCCUCAAUGUACAUCAGUGCGAUAUAGCCAUGUAAAUUACUAAAUAAAAUUAAAUCAAUCAAAACCAAGUAAACGCUGUUUUAAAGCAGCCUCAUUUAGGAUAAGUUAAUUAAGGUAUAAAUACGUCACUUGAACCAGCUCAAGCUAUCGAGAAGGUAUCUUCGUGACGAUGUACUGUAUCAGUACAUGUUAGAACUUUAAACGAUCAUUGACAAGAGUAAUUGUACCGAUAAGUUUAUACGCAGGCGUAUCAACUAAAUGAAAUUAUGGAUGUUAUUAUAAACACUUUAGUUAUGCUGUAGAUAUCAUAGAAACAUUCACACUUUUGUAAUGUACCGAGGACUAGAUUUCAUUCACAGUAAUUGAAUAGGUAAAUUCAGAUUUAAUUGAAGUCGCCUGUUAGUUCGAUUGAAACAUCGGAAAUAACUCAGUCAAAUCCAUCCGUUUAUUUUAGAAUAAAAUUUCUACUGUUUUGUCUUUGCAACAAGCUUUUAUGUCAUGUUAGUCUUGUGUUAGAGGAUAUGUCAUGUUGGCGUACAUUGAGAAACAAAGGUUUCCUUUUUUCUUUCGCUUCACAUUUUCAACGUGCAGUUAGUGAAGGCGAAUUAGCCAAUGUAGCUGACGUCUUAGCCGGCCAAUUUAUUGCGACGCAAGGCAACACUCGAAAGAACAUCUUUUCCAUAUUCGCUUCAGUGGCCAAUUUGCCUUAAAUUAUCAACGAUACAUGACAAUCAACUAAAUCAAAGAUGCGUCUAUCCAUAAACCGUUGUAGACAUGAACCAAAUCAACGGCAACAUAAUCAAAUUGAACGAACAUUUUUACUACUGUGUAUCCCUAGUAUUCUGUAAUCUGGUUUCGUACGCUGAUGCUUCAAGACAUUUUUUGAGAUACAUCAGCUACGCGUCAGAAAAGAGGCCUGAACUACGAUUAUUCUCUUUCAUGAAAAUAAAACAAAGACGGUCC